CGGUAUUCUGUGUUCUUUAAGUAAAUCUCGAUAAGCUGGCGAUAUAGCGGUUCUUGCUGUGCCAAACGGAGUGGUGUUUCCAAACACCUAAACAGAGAGAAGAAGAAGAAGAAAGUAAAUCUCGAGUAUUUUCAUGUAAAUUUGAUUGUGCCGAAGCUUGAAAAUGAGUCUUCUGGAAGAAGACGAGGAUGUUGAAUCCGAAUUGGCAUGCACCGCGGACCAAGCGGAAGCGGAUGCGCAGCAAGAUGAAGAGCUGAAAGAGGACAAUGCAUUGGGAGAGCUAGUGGAUGCUGAAGAAUUUCUGGCUUCGGAAGGAGUUUCAAUGUUGGAAUAUGAACGACAAAUGUUUUUCGAUUUACUCCACUCGGAUGCCUUGGUGGUUUGCGCUAAAGGUAUCAGUUACGAAAAAGUGUUACUCAAUUUGCUGAAGAUUUUUUGCGAUCCGACGACCUUGGUGUUGGUCGUUAAUUGUUCAGACUAUGAAGAGCGGCUAUACACAUCUCAGCUUGGAACUCGGCACAUCCACGAGUCCUCCACCAAUGCUGUUGAACGCGAACGAGUUUAUCUGCAGGGAGGAAUACAGUUCAUCAGUACGAGAAUUUUGGUCGUUGAUCUGUUGAAAAACCGCAUCCCUAUUGAACUCAUUACUGGGAUUUUCGUAGUGAAAGCACAUGAAAUUAUCGAAUCCUGCCAGGAGGCUUUCGCCCUCCGUUUGUAUCGACAAAAGAACAAAAGCGGCUUCAUCAAGGCAUUUUCCAAAAACGUAGAAGCAUUUGCCUAUGGCUAUGGGCAUGUCGAAAAAGUGAUGAGAAAUUUGUUUAUUAAAGAAUUGUUCAUUUGGCCACGGUUUCAUGCCAUCAUUCAAAAAUCACUGAAACCCUUCGAACCCAUCGUCGUGGAAAUGCAGAUUCCAAUGAGUCAGCACAUGAUUUUGUUGCAGACGAACAUUUUGGACAUAAUGAAUCAUCUGGUCAAAAACAUCAAAAGCCUGAACAGAAACGUUGAGCUGCAGGAAGUGACCGUAGAAAAUUGCGUUACGAAGAAGUUCCACAAAAUAUUACAAGUACAGUUGGAUACGAUUUGGCAUCAAUUGAGCUCGCAAACGAAGCUCAUCGUUGCAGACCUUAAGGUGCUUCGGAAUUUAAUGAUAUCCACAAUCUAUCAUGAUGCAGUCACGCUUUACGCAACGAUGAGAAAGUAUCGUUCUACCGAAUAUGCUCUCAGUAAUUCUGGGUGGACGAUUCUGGACUCCGCUGAGAAAAUGUUCAAUAUCGCGAAGGAGCGUGUUUUCAAUCAGAAUGAUGAAUUUCAACCAGAACUCUGUCCAAAGUGGAAAGCUUUAACCGAGGUGCUUCGUCAAGAAAUACCAUCGGAUAUAAAAGAGACGGCGAAAAAGCUUCGUAAGAAAGAGGAACGUCAAAAAUAUACUCGCCAGCAAGUGAAGGUUCUGAUACUGUGCCAAGAUGCGAGAACAUGCUACCAGUUGAACCAAUAUCUGACUCAAGGUCCGGAAAAAUAUCUCUUCUACAAUGCAAUAAAAAAUGACGUGGUCGUAUCAAAAUUAGCCGAGUCGUACCGGCACUUGAAUAAAGACAACGAUCGAGGUUCUUACAAUGUGCAAAAUAUUGAAGCCUUCGUGAAACCGGCUCCCAGCAAAACAGCACCAAAGCAAAAACCGGUAGAAGAGAAACCGAUUGUAGCAAAAGGCCACUUCUUAAAAGCAAGGAUUGCCAAGCGUCGUGCGGAGGCGGCUGAAGAGGAAUCCCGGAAACAACAGGAACAAGAAGGAGAAAAUUCAAAAAUGUCCGAAAUGGAAGCCGAUCUUCUCGAUAAGGAUGAGGUUGAAGAUUAUCAUUGCUUUAGAGAUUCUUACAUUCUUACCAUGUCACAAAAGGGCGAUGCAAAUCUAACUGUUUCGGACGAUGGCGAGGAAAAUGACCUCUUCGAUGUCACGCAGCUGGAAUGCGGUGAAUUCGAAUCGUUUCCUGAGAUGGAGAAUAUGGAUGUAACGAAGAUUGUGACCGACAGCAACAAACCGAUAGUAUUCAUUCAAACGUUCAAAAGCGAAAUUAACGGGAUGACUUCGCUGGACAGAACCUUGGAGGAGAUCAAACCCCGCUACAUUGUCAUGUAUCAUAGCAACGUGACGGCAAUUCGACAAAUUGAAGUGUUCGAGGGGCGACAGCAGCGGCAAGAGCUGGCCCGAGUGCGAGUGUUUGUAAUCAUCCACUCUAAAACGGUUGAAGAACAAUCCUACUUGACGUCAUUGCGGAGAGAGAAGCAAGCCUUCGAAUUGCUGAUAGACACAAAAAGGAUAAUGGUAGUUCCAGAAUAUCAGGAUGGCAAAUCGGAGGAUACCAUCACAAUGUUGCAAAAGAAGCAAGAGCUUUCCUCGAGGCAAGCCGGUGGCCAGGCUGUCAGUGAGGAAAGCGUAAUAACUCCUCGGAUAAUCGUAGACAUGCGCGAGUUUCGGUCUGAUUUACCAUGCUUGAUUCAUCGCCGAGGCAUAGAAGUGGUGCCGCUGACGAUUACGAUCGGUGAUUACAUUCUGACGCCGGAGAUUUGCGUGGAGCGAAAAUCAAUCUCCGAUCUGAUCGGUUCACUCAACUCCGGUCGCCUUUACAAUCAGUGCGUCCAGAUGACUCGGUGCUACACCAAGCCGAUACUGUUGAUCGAAUUCGAUCAGAACAAGCCAUUUCAUUUGCAGCGUCAUUUCAUGAUGUCCGGAGAUUCGAGUUCUUCCAAUGGGGACAUUAUGCAGAAAUUGCAACUGUUGACUCUUCAUUUCCCGAAGCUAAAACUGGUGUGGUCUCCUAGUCCCUACGCCACGGCCCAGCUGUUCGAAGAGUUGAAACAAGGCAAACAGGAGCCCGAUCCAGACGUGGCGACAUUACUCGGGUCAGACGAAGCUGGUGGUUCAGGAGAGGGUGACAACAUUGUCGAUCGAACGAAUCCGAACAUUCAUGAUUUUCUGAUAAAGUUACCCGGAAUCAACUCAAAGAACAUUGGAAAGGUGACGAGGAAAUGUAAAAACUUAAAGGAACUGCUCAAAAAGUCAGAGGAAGAGCUGGUGGAGCUGCUGGGAAAUAGGAUGCAAGCCAAAAUGAUGUGGGAAAUAUUACAUGUAGCUCAUAAGGCUGUGCAAGGGGAUGCCGGCGAAAAACAGUUUGCUUCAAAGUUUAAGCGAGGGCUUGGGAAAAGAAACUUUUAGCUUUAGUUGUGUUCGUUUUGUUAUCAAAAUAAAAUGUUCUAAA